AUUGAGCGACAACCAGACAUUCUCCUCACAAAAAUGCAAGAUCAACUGCAGGAGAUCUGUGGCGUCGAGGUUUUAAUCUCAAUGAUUUCAAGGACAAUACGUAGGCAAGGAUUUACAAGGAAGAAGGUUACGCGCCCAGCCAUUGAACAUGACGAAAAUGACCGUGCUGCCUACAAGAUGCUUGUAGGGGAACAUUUCCAGCCAGAGCACCUCGUAUUUGCAGAUGAAUCUCAUUUCAAC